AUGGAGGAAGAGAGAAGAAAAAAGAGAAUCCUUCAUGGGCGUUACGAGCUCGGCCGGGUGAUCGGUCAAGGGACCUUCUCGAAGGUUUACCUCGCCCGGAAUCUCCUGACUGGGAAGAGCGUGGCGAUGAAGGUGGUGGGGAAGGAGAAGGUGAUCCGGAUGGGGAUGAUGAAGCAGGUGAAGCGCGAGAUCUCGGCGAUGAAGAUGGAGACCCACCCCAACAUCGUGGAGCUCCACGAGGUAAUGGCCACCCGGUCCAAGAUCUUUUUCGCCAUGGAGCUUGUCCGCGGCAGCGAGCUCUUCUCCCGGAUCGCCUGCGUCGGCUGCCUACGGGAGGAGGCCGCUCGGCACUACUUCCGACAGCUCAUCUCCGCCGUCUUCUGCCAUGGCCGCGGCGUCUUCCACCGGGACCUCAAGCCCGAGAACCUUCUCCUCGACCACGCCGGCAACCUUAAGGUCGCCGACUUCGGCCUCAGCACCUUCGCCGAUGACGUCCGCCCCGACGGCCUCCUCCACACUACCUGCGGCACGCCGGCGUACGUCGCGCCGGAGGUGAUUGGAAAGAAGGGCUACGACGGUGCCAAGGCCGAUCUCUGGUCCUGCGGGGUCAUUCUCUUCGUUCUUAUCGCCGGAUACCUCCCCUUCCAGGACGAUAACCUCGCCGCCAUGUACAAGAAGAUCCUCCGUGGGGACUUCUGCUGCCCGCCGUGGUUCUCGUCGGACGCCCGCCGGGUCGUCACCAAGCUCCUUGAUCCGAACCCCAACCGCCGGAUCAUGGUGUCCAAGCUGGUCGAGAUGCCCUGGUUCAAGAAAUCGCGGAUUCCGAGUACUGUAGCCGCGUCGGCAUCGUCGUCUUUGUGGGAGGAGAAAGGUAAGGAGGAGCCUGAGAGGCUGAACGCGUUCCAUCUGAUCUCGCUCUCGGAGGGGCUCGAUCUAUCGCCGCUCUUCGAGCAGGGCGGUGGCAGGAGAAAGGAGAGGAUGCGGAUCGCGACGAGGGAGCCGGCGAGCGGGGUGAUCUCGGGGUUAGAGGGGGUGGAGGCUAAGCCCGUCUCGUGCCUGGCACGCCAGUUAUAA